AAACGUCACUUUCAGGCAACUUGCUCUCUAGACCCCCUCUAACGUUUGCCCUCACUUUUCCCACCAUUUUCCACUCAUGCCCCUUCCACUGUCUUUUAUUUCCUUGCUUUGUAGUUUCUACCCGUAAAUACAUUCAACGGUUAAGGGUAUUUCUGUAAUUGCAUCAUCAGUUGUACCGCCAAUUUCACUUCUUCGUUUCUUCAAUUCGCAGCUUUCUCAGAGCUGGAAAACAGUAAGGUGUAGAGAGGGAUCACAGAGAGAGAGAGGGCACACUCGCACCAACACAGAAACAGUUGUAGUGAAGCUUGAAGAUAGUGUGUUGGGUGCUUGUGUGUGUUUUCUUCGAGGAGAAAGGAGAUGGCGAUCCCACAGGCGGAGUCGCACCGAGCCAGGGCUAAACCAACGGUGGUGCGCAGAGUACCGUUACGUCAACUGCUACGCGUGACUUCAAUCGCCGGUGGAAUACAAUUCGGAUGGGCUCUACAGCUCUCUCUCUUGACACCUUACGUUCAGGAGCUGGGAAUUCCGCACGCGUGGGCCAGUGUGAUAUGGCUUUGCGGGCCAUUAUCUGGUCUUGUGGUGCAGCCUCUCGUUGGCCACAUGAGUGACCGCUGCACCAGCCGGUUUGGCCGCCGCAGGCCGUUUAUUUUAAGCGGUGCAUGUUUAAUUUGUUUAGCCGUUUUGAUCAUCGGCCACUCCGCCGAUAUCGGUUGGCUGUUGGGAGAUAGGGGAAACACCAGGCCAAGAGCUAUCGGAGUUUUCGUGUUCGGAUUCUGGAUUCUGGAUGUGGCUAAUAACAUGACUCAGGGUCCUUGUAGAGCACUUCUUGCUGAUCUUACUGGAAAGGAUCAUCGCAGGACUCGAGUGGCAAAUGCUUAUUUCUCACUGUUCAUGGCUGUUGGUAAUAUUCUUGGCUUUGCCACUGGAGCGUUCAGUAAUUGGUUCAAGGUUUUCCCAUUUACUGUUACCUCUGCAUGUAACAUUGACUGUGCUAAUCUCAAGUCUGCGUUCUAUCUUGACAUUGUUUUCAUGGUAAUUACUGCAUAUCUAAGCAUCAAAGCAGCUCAAGAAUCACCUCUACAUUUGUCGGACAGAUUCACAUCCACCACUGAAGAUGUGUCUGGACAGUCGAGCCAUGCACAAGAGGCUUUCCUAUGGGAGCUAUUUGGGACGUUUAGAUAUUUCCCAUGGCCUGUGUGGACAAUAUUGUUAGUUACUGCCUUAAAUUGGAUUGGUUGGUUUCCAUUUCUUCUCUUUGAUACCGAUUGGAUGGGUCGAGAAAUAUAUGGUGGCAAGCCAAAUGAAGGACAGAAUUAUAACAUUGGGGUCAGGACUGGUGCUUUUGCUCUGAUGUUGAAUUCAGUUUUUCUUGGAAUAACAUCUGUGUUGAUGGAGAAGCUCUGCAGUAAGUGGGGAGCUGGUUUCAUAUGGGGUAUUUCGAACAUACUUAUGGCUCUUUGCUUUCUUGCAAUGCUUAUAACCUCCUAUGUUGCAAAACACGUUGGCUAUUUAGGUCUUGAUCUUCCACCACAUGGCAUUGUAAUUGCAGCAAUUGUAAUUUUUGCAGUUCUUGGUGUUCCACUGGCGAUCACUUAUAGCGUGCCAUAUGCCCUGAUUUCCUCGCGGAUUGAACCUUUAGGACUUGGUCAAGGUUUAUCAAUGGGUGUUUUAAAUUUGGCAAUCGUGAUUCCACAGGUGAUUGUGUCCCUUGGAAGUGGACCAUGGGAUCAGCUAUUUGGCGGUGGAAACUCACCAGCCUUUGCGGUUGGAGGUCUGGCAGCCUUUGCUGGUGGACUCAUAGCCAUUUUGGGUAUUCCUCGGUCUGGUGCUCCAAAGCCCAGGGCUCUCCCAUGAGCGGAAGAUUUCGUAGCGAUUUAAUCUGAUUGGAUAUCAGCCUAGUACUUGAGUCAGUCUAAGAAGAAAGUGCUUUCAUAUGCAAAAUGCAAGCCUGAGUUUCUAGAAAUGUGAACUUCUAUGCAAGUGUUUGAAGGUUUGGAAACCCAUUCGCAAGUCAGAGAGGCCAACUGCAUAGUCAUCUCUAAUUCUCUAGUUAAAAAUAGUACCAAGGAUACAGGUUCAAGGUAUAGGCUUGUGCUUCCAAUGCAAAAAACAUAUUUGAAGAGGUAGAAAACAAGCUCUGUACGUAAACACUGGUAAGACAGUGACAACUCAUAUUGUGAGAUGAGCAUCAUAGCUGUCGGUGAAUAAUGAGUGAAUUUAUUUGAGUGAAGAAUUUCUUCCAAUUAAAAUAAGCCUGCUUGCUGCCAUGGAAAAGCGAAACCCAGGAUUGCUUCGAGACUGCUUCCUCGCCAACAAGAUAAGUUGCUGAUUGGGAUUUAUUUCUCAUGUGGAAACUUGGAAUGAAAAAUAUAUAAAUAAAGGAAAUGUCUGAAUUCUCAUUGGUGGUCCAGGCAGGAUGCAUUGGAAUCUCAUGCAAUUUUUGUGCCUAAAUUUGCUGUAUGAAUGUUGUGAACUGUGCUUGGUGGCUAUGAGCUAGUAUGUGAGUUGUGCUGAUGGAAACCUUGAUGGAGACAUGUCUUUUAUGCUUUGAUUUUUCAAAAAGCUUGAUUGAUUUUUAUGGAAGGUCUACUUUAUGGAUUUGUAUUAGUAAUAGUAUUAAAUUUGUUAUUAUUUGAUUGGUUGUCUGAACCUUGGAAUAAAUUCUUGUGUUUAUUGCGCUUA